UCUGAACCCUCAGAAAAACGACUUGAUCCAAAUUACCUGUUGAUUUCUCAGGACUCAGCACAGAGAAUCUACAAGUUAAGGUGUAAUAUUUGGUUUGAGCACAAAAUCACCAGCUAAGCCUUUUACCACAACGGGAGCGUCUAUUAUGAUUGCUCCAGAGAUUCAACAGAAGAUUCUUAGCUUAAAAGCAGAGGUUGAUGAACUUCAGGAGCAAGUAAUCAAAGAAAGAGAACAGUAUCAGCUUUCCACCCAGUCUGAGCUUGGAGGAAUAUCUGCUGUUCCUUAUUUCAGUAUCAAUGAUCAGUUUUAUCUAAACCAUGAAGAUGCUUCCUAUCUUUUAACAAUUGAAGUACAGACAGCUGUUGAUAAUGUUCUUAUCCAGAGUGAUGUUCCUGUCGACUUGUUGGAUAGUGAAAGAAAUUCAGCUGUUGUUAGUUACAGUGCUUGUGAUCCAGAGAACGGAAACUUUCUGCUUGCCACUUACCGAUGCCAAGCAAACACCACUCGUCUAGAAGUGAAAAUACGAUCUAUUGAAGGGCAACAUGGAACCCUGCAAGCUUAUAUUACACCUCGACUCCAGCCAAAGUGUUGCCAGGUUCGCCAGUACCAUAUUAAGCCCCUCUCUCUGCACAGAAGAAGUCACUCUUUUGAUAUCAAUAAGCCUCUCAAUGUACUGACAUUAAAGGGAGCCUUUAGUGUUGGAGAAAUGCAUGCUUGGAUUGUAUUCUGCCUUCCAGAAGUCCCCGAUAAAACUAUUGGAGAUACGGCUAGUUUUUAUUUUGUUUCAACGUUUCUAGACACGGUGCUGUCUUGUUCUUACAAGAAGGGAGAAGCAGUUUUCAAGUCAGACAAUAUAUCUACCAUCUCAAUUUUGAAAGAUUUCCUCACCAAAGAAGCAACUAAAAGAAAAAUUCGUCUUGAGAUUUCAUGUGAUAUAGAUGACAGUAGUAUUCCACAUACUUUAAAUCUGAUUCAUCCCAAGCUGGAAGAACAAUUACUACUAGCCAAGAAAGUACAGCUGAUUGAAGCCUUGAAGGAUCUACAACUCCAUGAGAAUGACACCAGUGCUCUAACUCCAGAGUAUCAGGAUAUACUUGAUAAUGCUGAACACUUGCAGCGCGAGUUUAAACGGCAGCCCUGUCACUUGGAAAGGUUGUACGGGAUGAUUACAGAUCUUUAUAUAGAUGUAUACAAGUUCCAGGGUGUCAACGUCAAGAGUAAAGUGCCUGCCCUGCUCCAGAUCUUAGACAACUACGAUCUCUCUACACUAAUAGACUUUUUUCAGACUAAACCAUGAGGCCAACCAGCAUUGUGACCAAUUUCAGGCUUGCUGCACUUACAAAGUUAUGUUAAAAAUGCAAAAUUUUUGAGAGUAAACUAUGAGGCCAGCAUUGUGACCACAUUGUGUUCUACACUUACAAAACUAGAGUUAAAAUGUGAAAUUUUUCUUGAGAUUUUUUUAUGCUAGUCGGCAGUUAUUAACUAGAACACGUUCUUUAAGUAUUUAUUACAGCAGUUAUUAACUAGAACACGUUCUUUAAGUAUUUAUUACAGCAGUUAUUAACUAGAACACGUUCUUUAAGUAUUUAUUACAGCAGUUAUUAACUAGAACACGUUCUUUAAGUAUUUAUUACAGCAGUUAUUAACUAGAACACGUUCUUUAAGUAUUUAUUACAGCAGUUAUUAACUAGAACACGUUCUUUAAGUAUUUAUUACAGCAGUUGUUUACUAGAACACGUUCUUUAAGUAUUUAUUACAGCAGUUAUUUACUAGAACGUCUUAAAGUAUUUGUGUAAAAGGUUGUGUAUAAAACCCUAAGUUAUGGAAGUUGUAAAGAACUUCAUUGUUCGUGGGGUAGGUUUCAUAUUACUUUAAUUCCUAACAGUUUAAAAUUCAAACAAUUAGGGAAACCUGUCGGUAAUUUCAUACGUUUUAAUGGGUUUUGGGCAGGCAUUACUAUUAUUUUUUUGGACUCCUGGAAGUAAACUAUAUAUUUCUAUUACAGAGCUAAUUUAAAUGUCUGAAUUAUUUAUAGCUGUUACUGUUAAGGUUUAAGCCACCUUUGUUUUUUGGUGAAGUUGCAAUGAUUAAUAAGAGUGGUUAUAGUUAAAACAGUCAGUGUUCUUGAAUAUUAUUGUACAUCCUCUUGUGUGAGUGGACUUCACACAUCCAACUUACUAGUGAUGUUAAAACCAUAGACAGAUGUUCAAGCAAUUCAUAUGGACAUUUUGGUACGUCCAAGUAUUUGAAUGCACGAUUGAUGUAAUAUUAUAAAUGAUCACCUGUCUACUGUUCAACAUCGUGAAACUGGAGAUGUAAAAGAAUAUGAUUUUUUCAAAAUCAGGUUGUCAUAUGAACAUUUCUAAUUUCAAAACAACACCAGUUUGUUUCUUUCCAACUUUUUAAUACUUUUAAAGACAUAGUGGUUACUAGAUCCAUUUACUAGUUAAGAUGGAAAUACUUGUAAUGACGAAUGUGAGUUAUAUAAGGGAUAUUAAUGUUAGUAUUUUAGUGGAGAUAUAGUUGUAUACUCUCCCUCCCAAGUACUGUCAUAAGACUUACCAAAAUAUUACCCCUUGCAUUAGAGAUCGUCAGGGUUAAUUUAAUUUAGUAAAUAGAGUUGUAAAAAUCCUAUGAAGGAUUAUUGAUCAAACUUUAAGUUGGAUGUCGUGUGGAUUUAAAGUCCUGUUACAUUGUAACCAACAAAUCACUUUGUGUGUUUUUUCCGUCCAUUCUGACAAAGCUGGUCAUUUGACCUUUGUAUAACUUCCGUUGCCAUGCACUCUGUGUUGUAUUAUGUGAUAUUAAUCCUACGAUGUAUUAUUUAUAGUCUCGGAGAUUGGCAUAGGUUCAAAUCUGUAGUUCACAUAUUGAUGUGGAGGACUUAUAUCAGUAAAUACCUUUUUUUUUGGUCCGA